AUCUUGCCGAUGUGUGAUAGUUGUCCUGUGCAGGGAAGUAUUGCAUUCUCAGAAGAAAAGCUGAUGGUAAGAAGUAAGUGGAUGGAUCACAUGUGAUUGGCACUGUCUGGAAGUUCCUAUAUUCUGUGUGGAAAUAUCAGGUAGAAGUAAAACCUGCAAGAUUCAGAGCCUAUUUUGGCAUGGUGGCCUUCUUUUCUGCCCUUUUCUACGGGGAAUAACAUUGGACGACAGUCAGGGGGUGUUUUAAGCACAGGAACCCAACCCCUUGCGCUCAGACAUUGAAGACGUAGUGUCUCAGGGUGAUGCCCAUAAGCUAUACCUAGAGAUUAAUCUCCCACGGCUACGUACCGUGCCGUCUAGGGGAAAAAAAAAAUUCGAACUCGUGUUCACUUGUCCUGGUCGGCAUUGGAGUUUAAUCCCUCUUCUUGAGAUUUACUCUCGUAGAGUUGUUAGCAAAUCUUAUCGACAUCCAAUGUCCGGCUGUGUUUUUCAGGUUUUGGAUUGUUUCUUUCGUGUGGAUUGUGUGUCAUCGUUUUUCAAGGACAUGAGAGAUAGCGUUUCUGUCGAUAGCAGUCAUUUCAACCUCCCGCAGAGGUGAUCGGUGCAUCCCACAAUUUGUCCGAUUUCGCGAUCUGGAGGCGAAUCUGCUUGAAGGUGUCGACUGUACCUUACCUGUUCAGGUGAGAAGAUGGCGAACGAGAACGGUAUCGUCGAUGAAGAGCGUCCUGUGCAGCAUGAAAACGGAAAAGUGGACAGGAUGACAUCCAAGAUGAAACAGCUACCUCCAGAAAAUCUGCAAAAGUUAGACCAGAAGGCAGUCGGCGUGUACACUCUGGUGGAGUCGGUCAUCCCCGAGGUGAUGCAGACCAAUGCCAUCUUGGGUCUGUGGGGGAUGGGCGGGGCCGGGAAAACCACGCUGGCGAAGCUGUUGUUCAAUAAACUGAGUCCGAAAUUCGAGUACAGCUGCUUCGUGUCGGACGCGAAGCUCAUCGAUGGCAAAGCCGAGGAGCUGAGGACGAGAGUGAAGACGCACAUGCACCACAGAGGCCAGCCGAUGUCGCUGGCCGAUGUGGAAGGCGAGUGGAAGCAGAUCCAGGAAAAGAAGCUCAUUCUCGUGCUGGACGACGUCGCCAACGAGCACGACGUGCAGAUCCUGAACGACAUCGCCCGUGAAAGCUGCGUCGACGAGAGCAGGUACAUUGUCACUUCUCGGCACGAGAGCCUGCUGAACAAGCUCGACGACGUGUGCAUCUACCAAGUCCCACUCCUGGACGGCGAAAGUGCAGAGUCCUUGUUCAUGAGCUACGCCUUCCCCGGCCGCAGGGAGCCUUCGAGCACUUUGAGGCCAUACGUGGAUCAAGUGGUGCAGAAAUGCGAGGGCUUGCCUCUGACUCUGGAGAUCCUGGGCAAGUACUUGGGCCGGAACAACGAUGAGAAGACCUGGAAGCACACUCUCCAGGGCCUCGCCGAGGCAGAGAAGCUGACAGGAGACGAGAAGCUGUGGGCGCAGUUGAAACUGAGCUACGACUCGCUGGACCACAAAGAGAAGGAAAUGUUCCUUGACGUCGCGGCCUUCUUCGUCGAGUCUCAAUACACCCUGCGCGAAGCGAAAUGCGCAUGGGACAUUCUGUACGAGGAUACGCUGGAGCAUUGGCAGAACUUGUUGGAUCUGUCUCUGGUUUAUCGCGUGGACGACCACCGCACUUUGAAGAUGCAUCAUCAGCUGAAAGCUCUGGGCCGCCGAAUCGCUCUGACUUCGGGCAUCGGUGGAAAAGCCAGCCGGAUCUGGAAGCCGCAGGCGGCCUUCAAACUCCUCAACUCCCCGCAACAGCCCGAGACUAUCGGUGAUGACGUCGAGGAAAUCGUAACACUCCGAAUCGAUUGGAGUAGAGGCCCAGACUUCGCAGCGCAAGAUGAUGAGGUUAUCUGGAAGAAUCUUCGCAGGAUGAAGGAGCUCCAAUACCUGGACUGCAGUUCCAAAAUCGAGCUGAAUGAAGAUUCCGAGUUUCCCCCCGGCCUCGUGCUGCUGAGUUGGAGAGGAGUGGUGACAGAGCUGCCUUUCGACCCCGCUCUCCAUGACAGCUUGGUCGUGUUCAAGCUGGACGCGAGUAGGGGGCAGGGCAAAAGUAAUGUGAGGGGACUCGACUACCUGCCUCACAAUUUCGGCCUGCUCUCCAGCCUUCGGAUAUUGGAAUUGACCCGAUGCUCGUUCGACAGCUUGCCGGAUUCUUUUGGGCAGCUCUGUAAGCUUAGAAGGCUGAAGAUCGCCGAUUGUGACAAACUGAUGACCCUCCCUGAAACAUUCGGGAAGCUCUCUAAGCUGGAAUACCUCGAGAUCAACUGCCAUAAGAUGCAUGCCCUGCCAGUGUCGUUCGGGAAACUGUCCCAUCUCGAGGAGCUGUUUCUCCAUCACUGCAGUUUUCAAAUCGUGCCCGACACCUUUUGCAAUCUGCUUCGGCUCCGGGUUCUGGAAAUGAGGCACUGCGGAAAGCUGUCCACGCUCCCGAAGAAGAUCGGUCACCUCUCGUCGCUCCAGCGUUUCAUGAUCUCGCAUUGUAAAACUCUGCGCACACUGUCAGAGAAUUUUGGGCCUUUUUCGAGUCUCACAUUCUUAGCGAUAAUGUACUGCGACCAACUAGAAAAAUUCCCGGAGUCACUCCCAUCGAAACUGAAGGAGGUGAAAUUGUACAUUUCAGGGUGCCCACAAAUCGAGAAAUUGCCAGAGGCUCUGGGACGUCUUGUAGCUCUCGAUCACCUCAAGGUUCGCCUCGUAUGUAGAUUGAAGGCCUUACCCGAAUCCUUCGGACAUUUAGUUGCACUGAAUCACUUAGAGAUCGAUGACUGCUCCAGACUCGAAAAGCUUCCCGAGUCUUUUGGUCACAUGAUGAGCCUGAACCAUCUGGAGAUCAAGAGGUGCCACAGGAUAGAGAUUCUCCCGGAGUCGUUUGGCCAGCUAUCGGGAUUAGCCCAUUUGAAAAUCGAUGACUGCUCAAAACUGAAUGCGCUGCCUGAGUCUUUUGGCACCCUUUCCAGUUUGGAGCACCUGGAAAUCGAUGACUGCAACGAGCUUGAGACACUCCCCGAAUCGUUCGGCCAAUUGCUGUCCCUCACGCAUUUGAGAAUCCGAGACUGCUCCAAGCUGAGAAGUUUGCCGGACUCCUUCGGGGGCUUGGUGUCUUUGAGGACGUUCGAGAUCUGUGACUGCUAUAGCUUGAAGGCGAUGCCCGAGUCUUUCGGCAAUCUACCGGCACUAAAGUACCUGGAAAUUAGUACUUGCUUCAACUUGGUUAAGCUCUCUCUCGGGAAUCUGAAGGCUUUGAAGCACUUGCAUAUUACCGACUGCUCCGUGCUGCAGAAGCUGGCCGACUCCCUCGAGCGCCUCCGUGCACUGAAGAACCUGAGCAUCUCGAAAUGCUUUAAGCUCGACUCGUUGCCCGAGCUUCCCGAGUCCCUGGAGCGACUUGUUGUCGAGUGGGUUCCCCUCAAUAAUAUUCCUGAGUGCAUACAGCGGCUCCCGAACCUCAGGACAUUGGAGCUAAAGGCUCUUCCUUUCCUGACGCGUGUCCCCGAGUGGCUACCCAAUGUCACUCCCCCCGUAGAGCAGCAGAGCAUCUUCCGAGUUCAAGAAGGGAAGUUCAUCAUGGAGGUGAAACCGCAGGCACCAGAGCAACCUGCAAAGGAGGAGAUGCCUGCUCACGAACGCAGCGAUAUCGAGUGGAGGUUGAGAGUACUAGAGAUUUCAGAUAUGCAAGCAUUUUAUCAGCUGAAGUACGGUUACAAGGGAUUAGUCACGGGGAAGUACGACAUGGCAAUGGACAUGGUGAGGGCCAAGAAUUACGAGCAGGCGCUUGUGCAUCUGAAUGCACUUCUUCACAUGCCACAAUUUCUGGCCAAGUCCAUCGAAUUCGAAGAAUCUGACGAUCACAAAUACACCUUGAGGGACAUCAAUAUUGUGAAGCGCCUGAUGGCAGGAGAUCCGAAGGUUUGCGAGCUCAUGAAGGACUUCGGGUCGACCGAUCUGUCAGAACUGAUAUUCACGAAGGCCAAGGAGGCAUACGACUCGGCCAUGGCAAAGCUGGAGGCGCAUGAUCCUCAAGGUGCAUUCGACCAACUGGACAGCCUUAUUAGCCUUUUUCAAGAGCUAAAUCUCAUGGAUCUUCUGGAAGACUAUCAAUACGAGGAGUUCCUCACUGAAGAGAGAGCGAGGGUCACAAAACUACUCGUCUGACUAUCUCGAAGCGGACGG